AUGGCCGAGGAGGAGGAGACAAAGAAGUAUGAUGUCCCCUUGAUCCGCUUGAAAGAUUGUUCGAGCCAGCUGGAUACAGAUGACUUAGAUGAGGAGGAGCGCAAGGCCUUGGCGGAAGUCUCAAAGAAGGGCUACUACCACGCCCGGCCGAAGACCCAGGAAGCGCCCUCGCCGCAGCGCAUCGACAACCCCGAGGACCUGCCCCAGGCCAGGCCCACGACGAUUCGCAAGCGGACGACAUUCGACACAUUCCAGAAGAAGUGGGACAAGUUCGACAAGGAGGAGCCUGAACUCAAGGUGGUUGAGCCACAGAAACCGGUGGAUGCCCCUCCAUCUCGGUUCAGCUUCUCUUGCUGUCGGAGGACAGAGACUGUUGAACCGGACGGCAACGGCAAGGAGAAGGACAAGUAUAACCAGGACUACCUUCGAAGAGGCGUCGCCCGCAUGACCAACCAUCAGAGCUCGGACGUCACCCUCCGGAGUGAGCGGGAUGAGCUCAUUGACCUGAUCACCGCCGCCGGGGGCGGAAGUCUGAUGCGGGGCUGGAGGCAAGCCCUCGACCCGCAAGGAGAGCUAGAGGUUGACUAUGACGAUUUCUGCCGGGUGACAGGGCAGUGGCGAUGGGUCGGGGACAUCAAUGCUCUUUUUGGGGGCGAUGGCGAUCUGGACCAUUUGUCCCUGAUGGAGAUUGCCAACAAAGAAGGCAAGCUGAUGAACAACUUCAUGCGGUGGAUCAAAGAGGAGUUCGGCUCUCCCGCUGAUUUCUUCGUGGCCUUAGAUGCCAACAAGAAAGGGAAGGUGGCCAGACACACCUUUGUUUCCUUCUGCGUGAACCGGAACUUUAAGGCUUCAGAGUCGGACCUGAACCGUGUCUUUGACUGCAUCGACACAGGGGACAUCGGGUCCAUCGUGAAGGAGGACUGCAUCUUCCUCGAGCUGGAUCCUAUGAAGCGUAACGAGGAGCGCCAGCGCGGUGGCCUCGUCAGGGAAUGGAAGCAGCGCGCUGCCAUGGAGUUCUUACAAAACGCGCGAACUGGGCUGAAGCCGCUGCCAGGGGAGGAGAGUGUGGCCUUGCCAGAGAGGCAUCGGCUCGCGCCGAGGCCGUGGCAGGCUGGGGCCUUUGAGCAGAUUCCCAUGGUCGUUUGCCAGCGGCGCUACGAGCGGGAGCGCGAUGCCCGCUUCAAGCGGAAGUGUGCGCGGGCGACCUUCUUGAAGCAGAUCUGCAUCUCCUAUGGAAACGAGGUACGGGCCCUUCGCCGCGACAUCAACCCGGGAGGACACCAUGCGACUUUGACGGAUGUGCGGAAGUACUGCCGACAAGUGGACCUGCCCGUCGAAAUCUCCCACUUGUGGCAGAGCCUGGACGCUGACUCGGACGGAAAAGUCCGCAUGGAGGAGCUCUGCUCCCAGCGUGCCGAAGUCCUGGCCAAGUUCAAGGAGUGGAGCCGCCAGCGCUUCGGAUCCUCCGUCGCGCUGUGGGAGACUCCCGAGGCCGUCCGUGCUCGAGCGCGUUGGCGAGGACAGGGCCUGUGGAUCUCCGAUACGAAGAUGCUCAUCGCUGCCUUCGGAGAGGCCCUGCGCGAGCUCAAGUGGCCAGGGAUUCACACCGCAGAGGAGCGCUCCUACGUCUUCACGUCCCUAGACUCCAUGGGCUGCAACCUCAUCACGGUGGAGGACCUGGCCUGGCUGGACAGGUGGAUCCCCUCGGAGUUCUUGGCCGCGGACCCCAGCGCCGAGGCGUGGAGCGACCUGAAGGACAUCCUAGUCAAGACCUACCAGCACCCUCUCCGCGCAUGGCGAAUUCUGGACAGGGACAACUCCAAUCGGAUUGGUUGGACAGAAUUUCGGGACGUGUGCAAGAAGGUUCACUUUAAUGGGGACAUAGUUGGGGCCUGGCGCAUGCUGGACACCGACAUGUCUGGCUACAUCUCCAUGCGGGAGUAUGAUCCCUCCAGUGAGGAGCUGCUCACCUCUUUCAAGGAGUGGGCCGAUUCGAACUUCGGCUCCGUUCGUCAUUGCUUCAAGGCUUUAGACAGCGACCGCAGUGGCUCGGUCACGUACCCCGAGCUCAAGCGCGCCUGCCACAAGAUGAAGUGGAUGGGGAACGUGCGCACGCUAUUCGACUGCCUCGACCUGGAUUCCGGCGACCGGCGGAACCGGGACGCGGCGACCGGCAAGCGGGCCAUCUCCCUGGAGGAGAUCGCCUUCCUCGACACCUGGCACGUGGAACCCCGACCCGAGCUCGCCAAGUUUGAGGACGAGCUUGCGGAUCUGGAGGCCAGCCGAGUGCUCGCGCGGGAGCAGCGUUUGCAGGAGAAGACGCUUCGCUUGCCCCUUAGCCCUUAG